GAAACCCUAUUUCUUGGAAGCCUAUCGGCCCUUACACAGAGGCGACAUCUUCCUGGUGCGAGGGGGCAUGCGGGCUGUGGAGUUCAAGGUGGUGGAGACAGACCCCGCCCCCCACUGCAUCGUCGCCCCGGAUACCGUCAUCCACUGCGAGGGACAGCCAAUCAACAGAGAGGACGAGGAGGAGAGUCUGACUGACGUAGGCUAUGAUGACAUUGGAGGUUGCCGUAAACAGUUGGCUCAAAUCAAAGAAAUGGUGGAGCUUCCCCUCAGACAUCCUGGACUAUUCAAGGCUAUAGGAGUCAAGCCUCCCAGGGGUAUUCUGCUGUAUGGACCUCCAGGUACAGGGAAGACACUGGUUGCCCGGGCCGUCGCCAACGAGACUGGGGCAUUCUUCUUCCUCAUCAAUGGUCCUGAGAUCAUGAGUAAGAUGGCCGGGGAGUCAGAGAGCAACCUGAGGAAAGCCUUCGAGGAGGCAGAGAAAAACUCUCCCGCCAUUAUUUUCAUAGACGAACUGGAUUCUAUCGCUCCUAAGAGAGAGAAGACCCAUGGGGAGGUGGAGAGGCGUAUCGUAUCACAGCUCCUCACCCUGAUGGAUGGACUGAAGCAGAGAACUCACGUUAUCGUCAUGGCAGCCACCAACAGACCCAACAGCAUAGACCCUGCCCUGAGACGCUUCGGCAGGUUUGACAGAGAGAUCGACAUCGGCAUCCCAGACUCCACUGGUAGACUGGAGAUACUGCAGAUUCACACCAAGAACAUGAAGCUGUCUGACGACGUGGACCUGGAGAGGGUUUCCAUGGAUGCGCAUGGCCAUGUGGGGUCAGACCUGGCAGCUCUGUGUUCUGAGGCGGCUCUGCAGGCCAUCAGGAAGAAGAUGACCCUGAUUGACCUGGAGGACGACACCAUUGAUGCUGAACUGCUCAACUCACUGGCAGUUACCAACGAUGACUUCAGGUGGGCGUUGGGGCAGAGUAACCCGUCAGCUCUGAGGGAGACAGUAGUGGAGGUUCCUAAUGUUAACUGGGAGGAUAUAGGAGGACUGGGAGAGGUCAAGAGAGAACUGCAGGAACUAGUACAGUACCCCGUGGAGUACCCAGAUAAGUUCCUGAAGUUCGGUAUGACCCCGUCACGAGGAGUGUUAUUCUAUGGACCCCCAGGCUGUGGAAAGACCCUGCUCGCCAAGGCGAUUGCUAACGAGUGCCAGGCCAACUUCAUCUCCAUCAAGGGACCUGAGCUGCUCACCAUGUGGUUCGGCGAGUCAGAGGCUAAUGUCAGGGAAGUCUUCGACAAGGCCAGACAGGCGGCCCCCUGCAUCCUGUUCUUUGACGAGCUGGACUCCAUUGCCAAGUCCAGAGGGGGCGGAGCCGGGGACGCAGGGGGCGCGGCCGACAGGGUCAUCAACCAGAUCCUCACGGAGAUGGACGGAAUGUCCAACAAGAAGAACGUCUUUAUUAUAGGAGCUACCAACAGACCUGACAUAAUAGACUCUGCUAUCCUCCGUCCAGGGAGGCUGGAUCAGCUCAUCUACAUCCCUCUACCAGACACAGCCUCCCGUACCGCCAUCCUCAACGCAAACCUACGCAAGUCCCCCAUCGCCAGAGAUGUAGACCUGGCCUACCUGUCUGGUAUCACCCAGGGUUUCAGUGGGGCAGACCUGACAGAGAUCUGCCAGAGGGCCUGUAAGCUGGCCAUCAGAGAGGCCAUAGAGGCUGAGAUCAAAGCAGAGCGCCAGAGACAGACCCACCCAGGCACCGCCAUGGAUGAGGACUGUGACCCUGUUCCAGAGAUCAGGAAGGAUCACUUUGAAGAGGCCAUGAGGUUCGCCCGGCGCUCCGUCAGCGACAACGAUAUCAGGAAGUAUGAGAUGUUCGCCCAGACACUACAGCAGAGCAGAGGCUUUGGGAACUUCAGGUUCCCCUCUGGCUCUCAGUCCGGAGGUCAAGGGUCGGGGUCAGGGGGGCAGUUCAGAGAUGAGGUAGAGGAUGACCUCUACCAGUGAGAAGACUAUCACCUCUACCACACCUGCCUGCAUAUGAUGUGGAACUCUGGAUCAAUUAGACUGUUGUGGGAAUCAAAUACGGACAGAAUAACUUUUAACAGCACAUAACGUUUGUGCUUCUCAGCUUAUCGGUGUCUUAGAUGUUUCUCAUAACAACUGUUACAUCAUAACAACUGUUACAUCAUAACAACUGUUACAUCAUAACAACUGAUACAUCAUAACAACUGUUACAUCAUAACAACUGUUACAUCAUAACAACUGUUACAUCAUAACAACUGUUACAUCAUAACAACUGUUACAUCAUAACAACUGUUACAUCAUAACAACUGUUACAUCAUAACAACUGUUACAUCAUAACAACUGUUACAUUAUAAUAAAAGAUACAUCAUAACAACUGUUACAUCAUAACAACUGUUACAUCAUAACAACUGUUACAUCAUAACAACUGAUACAUCAUAAUAAAAGAUACAUCAUAAUAACUGUUACAUCAUAACAACUGUUACAUCAUAACAACUGAUACAUCAUAACAACUGAUACAUCAUAACAACUGUUACAUCAUAACAACUGAUACAUCAUAACAACUGAUAAUUAUAACAACUGUUACAUCAUAACAACUGAUACAUCAUAACAACUGAUAAUUAUAACAACUGUUACAUCAUAACAACUGAUAAUUAUAACAACUGUUACAUCAUAACAACUGAUACAUCAUAACAACUGAUAAUUAUAACAACUGAUACAUCAUAACAACUGAUACAUCAUAACAACUGUUACAUCAUAACAACUGAUAAUUAUAACAACUGGUGCAUUUGAGGAAAUUAGAGUUUGUUUGUUUUUUCUUGGAAGAAGAAUUUGUCAAAUCUGGAUGGUCAAAAUACAAUGAAUAUAACUGUGAAUGGGGAUUGUUGUUCUUAUCGUGUUUGAGAUGGUCAUCAUGGAAGGAAUGCUGAUUCAAAUCUGAAAUGUAAUAAAUUGAGUGUUUGCCCUUUUCUGUUUGUGUUUUACUAAUAAAACUACUGUCACAUAA